GUCUCCCAACCGUAACCAGACCAUUUAUUACGCCGACUUUGUUAAGACAGCGAAACAUUACCGCCUUCACCAAUUCCGCAAUCUCCCCGAGAAAAAUUCCCUUCCUACCCAAAACUUCAUCAAUUCAGAUUUCAAAUCACCUUAAACAUACCGACCCAAUCUAUUCUUUCUCAAAAUUCUAACCCAUCAGAUGACCAACUUGGCGUGGAGGAGAAUUCAGACUACUGAAUGGCUAUGACGAGAAUAAUCACUCUCACACAACAAGGACAAGGAAAAGGAGAAGGGUUGCAAUCGCAUGCUAAAUGGACCAAAUGCCGGGGGCCUUGGGUACGAGUGCCAGCUUGGCUCUGCGACUGGGGCAGGCCAUCUUCUCUAUCGCUUCCCUCCUCUUCAUGUGCCUUGACAUUGACUUCUAUAGCUAUACUUCUUUCUGCUUCUUGGUAACAAUUAUGGGUUUAGUAACCCCAUGGAGCUUGACAUUGGCGCUAGUGGAUGUGUAUUCUGUCUUUUUUAAACGGCCGUCUCGUCAGCCAGGAGUAAUGUCGAUCAUCGUUGUAGGAGAUUGGGUACUCUCGUUUCUGUCACUUGCUGCAGCGUGCUCAACGGCCAGUGUGACGAAUGUGCUGAUCAAUUCCACGAAUUUCUGCCGUUCAAGGAUGUGCAGUAGAUAUCAACUCUCCGCUGCUAUGACUUUCUUGUCUUGGUUUCUAUCGUUAGCCUCCUCUCUCUUCAAUCUUUGGCUUCUCCCUUCUCUAUAACUUGUGAAAAAACCUGGCUUUAGCCAUGUAUAGAAAUCAAAUAAAAAUCAAAUUGCUCAUGUUUAGGGGCAAAAAAAUUGGUUGCUUGGAUUUGUAUGUUUUUCAAUGGUUGAAAUCGCCAUUUCAAAGCAACAUUGGAACUGUACAGUUAAUUUUUGAUGUUCAUAAAGUCAAAACUAGUCCAAUGCGAUGUAAUGAUGCUGGAUUUAAUUUUUCGCCAAAUAUUGUUUGAUAGUUUGGCUUUGAUAGUUUGGCAGCAGAGGAAGGA